AUGGGGCAGCAGUUCAGCUGGGAGGAGGUGGAGACGUCUGGGGAGAUGGACGUGGCCGAGCUCCAGGAGUGGUACAAGAAGUUUGUGAUGGAGUGCCCCAGUGGCACCCUCUUCAUGCACGAGUUCAAACGCUUCUUCAAGGUCACAGACAAUGAGGAGGCCACCCAAUACGUAGAGGGCAUGUUCAGAGCCUUCGACAAGAAUGGGGACGACACCAUCGACUUCCUGGAGUACGUGGCGGCCCUGAACCUCGUGCUGAGGGGCUCCCUGGAGCACAAGCUGAAGUGGACCUUCAAGAUCUACGACAAGGACGGCAACGGCUGCAUCGACCGCCUGGAGCUCCUGGACAUCGUGGAGGCGAUUUACAAGCUGAAGAAGGCCUGCCGCAUCGAGACAGAGACAGAGCAGCAGGGCCAGAUGCUCACACCCGAGGAGGUCGUGGACAGGAUCUUCUACCUGGUGGAUGAAAUCGCGGACGGUCGGCUGUCCCUGAGUGAGUUCGUGGACGGUGCCCGUCGUGACAAGUGGGUGAUGAAGAUGCUGCAGAUGGACAUGAAUCCCAGUGGCUGGAUCACUCAGCAGAGACGGAAAAGUGCCAUGUUCUGAGGGGCCAGACCCUGGGAGGCCUGUGGCAGACUGCAGGCUCACCCAAGUUUUCAAAGUAGCAGGAGAGUCCCUGGGCCAGCCUGCUCCUGCCCACGCUUUCCCUGGUGCGGACUUGCUGGCACCCCCUGGGCAGGAGUGAGUGGGGCCAGGAAGGGCACAGUCCUUCCCUGGUGGGCAGGGGCCGAUGGGGCCAGUCUGCAGGGCUGACGGCGCUCAGCUGCCCCCACGGUGGCUCAGGGGAAAAUAUGCCUUGGCCAGGAGACUGUAGGGGCCCCUCCGAUUUCUAGGUGUUCUCAGUUGGAAGCAGGGGCCACCUGAGUAGCGGAGGCCCCAUAGACCAAAUCAGAAUGAGGACCCCACACUUACGGAGUGGAAGAGAGCAUGGAAGGAAGCAGGGCUGGGAGGUGUUGGAGCUGAAGAGAAGGUAGGAGUGGGGAUCCCGAGGAGGGCCCACAGGGAGGACCCUGCCCACCUCCUCCCCAGGCGUCCUCAUCAGGGGUGUUAACAAGGGAAGCUUCAGAAAAUAAGAUAGCAGGCUGUGGUCCUCCGCUGUAGAGGCUGCUGUGCUUAAAGGGGCUGCUUGAGCCCUGCCUGGUGCUGCCCUCCAGCCCUGCUCCCCCACCCUCUUCCCCACCCUCCAUCUUUAUCCACCCCUUCCACCUCUCCCCCACAUC